UAGUCACAGUCGAGUUCCAACCGUAGACAUGAGGCAGUUCUUAGUUUCUUUGGUGCUAAUCGGGAUCAUUGGUCUUUCCGCUGCCAAGUUAAAUCGCGUGCAGUUUCAGUGGAAUAAAAACUUCACCAAGACCCACGGAAAUGUAAAGGCAGAGAAGACCCUGCUGGCGGCCAAGUACUCCUUCUUGACCACCUCCACCAGUUCCAGCUCAUCGGGCAACACCGAGAUCUUGCAUAACUCCCUGAAUGCUGAGUACUAUGGCGUGAUCGCAAUCGGAACCCCCAAGCAGAGGUUCAACAUUCUAUUCGACACAGGAUCGUCCAAUUUGUGGGUGCCAAGUUCCAGUUGCCCCAAAUCGAACACGGCUUGCCAGAGGCAUAACAAAUACAACUCGGCAGAGUCCAGCACCUAUGUGGCAAAUGGGGAAUCGUUCGCCAUCACAUAUGGAACUGGCAGUCUGUCGGGAAAGCUCUCGACCGAUACUGUGACUGUUGCCGGCAUUAGCAUCGAGAAUCAGACAUUCGGCGAGGCCCUCAAGGAGCCGGGAACAACCUUUGAUGAAGCUCCGUUUGCGGGUAUCAUGGGACUGGCCUAUGAGGCCAUCGCAGUAGAUGGAGUGACUCCGCCAUUUGACAACAUGAUCUCCCAGGGUCUGCUCGAUGAGCCCGUAAUCUCUUUCUACCUCAAGCGUCAGGGUACCGCCGUUCGCGGUGGAGAACUGAUCUUGGGCGGUAUUGACUCCAGCCUCUACACAGGAAGCCUCACAUACGUUCCCGUAUCGGUCCAGGCUUACUGGCAAUUCAAGGUGAAUACGAUCAAGACCAACGGUAUUGUCCUUUGCAAUGGAUGCCAGGCCAUUGCUGAUACCGGAACCUCCCUGAUCGUAGUUCCUGAGGCAGCCUACAGAAAGAUCAACCGCCAAAUAGGCGCCACUGAUAAUGGCAGUGGCGAGGCGUUCGUUAGGUGCGGCCGUAUUUCAACCCUGCCCAACGUAAACCUCAAUAUUGGUGGCAAAGUCUUCACCCUGAGACCCAGGGACUACAUCGUCAAGGUAACCGAGAAUGGUGUAACCUACUGCAUGUCCGGCUUUACCACUGUUGAGGAAAUCUCUUUCUGGAUUCUGGGAGAUAUCUUCAUUGGCAAGUUCUACACGGUGUUCGACAAGGGCAACAAUAGGGUUGGAUUUGCCAGGGUGGCGGACUAUUAAUGAAGUGUCUUUGAAAAUAAAAAACAAUGGAAAAGAAACUGAAGGAUUAAAUAUAUUCUUCUUUGAAGCAACAUGUUCUUAUCACUGAGUUAUUGGUAAUAAAAGAAUUGAAAACGCUUUAUAGUUUUACUGAUA